ACAAGCGGCGGAGCUCCGGGCACUGUGGCGGCCCUGAGCUGCCCUCUCCGGGAGGCGCGGCUGGACGGGCAGCCCCAGGGCCUUGAGGCGGGGAGGCGCCGGGGCAGAAGCACACCCGCUCGCAGUGAUCCCGUGAAAGUACUCGAGGGCUGCGGAGGGAUUUGCGAAAGGGGUGAUUGAGACGUGUGAGGGAAGGGCAGCCCCGCUCCCAUCCCUUCCGCUGAUCCCAGUGCCGCCGCCAGGCUGGGCCUCGCCCGCCCGUUGCAGGCCCGACCCCGCUGCUGCGCGUCAGCCGGGCGCGAGGCGGGGCUGAGGAGCGCGACGCGUGCCGGGAACGUGCCGGGGCCGAGGCGGCUGCGAGGACCGAUGGAUCCCGAGGGCGCGGCCACUGAUCAGAUGCAAACAGAAUCUUUACCUUCGUGUCCCAACACUGUGUCACCGGUGAGGUUAAAUAACCUGAUCGGUUCUCCAAGGUUUGGAACAGUUACUCCAAAUCGUGUCUUUGUUGGAGGAAUUGAUUUUAAGACUAAUGAAAACGACCUGAAGAAGUUUUUUGCUCAGUAUGGCAGUGUGACAGAAGUGAAGAUAAUAAAUGACAGAGCUGGAGUAUCAAAGGGGUAUGGCUUUGUUACAUUUGAAACCCAAGAAGAGGCACAGAAGAUUCUACAAGAUGCUAAAAAACUCAACUACAAGGAUAAGAAAUUGAAUAUUGGACCAGCAAUAAGAAAACAAGUGCGGAGUCCUAAUGCUCGUUCUGCUGUAACACCACACGCUGGUACAAUGUAUGCAACUACUGCUGUGUCACCAGAAGCUGGUACAAUGUACUUGACCACUUCAAGUGGGUAUCCAUAUGUUUACCAUAAUGGAGUGGCUUAUUUUCAUACAUCUGAAGUCUCCCCUGUUCAGCAGCCAUGGCCAUCUCGCUCUGUUUCCAGUUCACCUGUGAUGGUUGCUCCACCUGUUUAUCAGUCUCCGACAUACCAUUAUCAGGCACCAACACAGUGCCUUUCAAGUCAGUGGCAGUGGUCUGUUCCACAGUCUCCUACCUCUUCACCUCCACUUCUGUACCUGCAACCAUCUGAAGUCUUUUAUCAGCCGAUAGGAAUUAACCAGGAAGGUGGAUGUAUAUCUCCACCUCUCCUAAUGGAAGCUGCAGUUCCUGAGCUGUAUUCUGACCAUGGAGUUCAAACUCUGCAUCACCAGCCUUAUGUGCAGAGUCACAUAGCCAUGCCUGCAGCUUCCUUCCUGUGUGGCUGAGAUCCAUCAUCAGCAUAACAGCUAGCAGCUGCCAGUUGUGGAAUUUGGGGAAUUGAGGUCGCAUUCUGUGAGAAGAAAUGUUCUACAUCAUUCAUCUGUGAGUCUGAAACCUCAGUAUGCAUGAAGUCAUCAGUUUCAUCCAAGAAAAGAUUACAGGACGGAAGAUAAAAUUUUACACUACCUUCUACAGAUGCUGUAAAACAGUGGGGUUUUUAGCCAUGUAUUUUCCUAAAUACCUGUCACGGGGAGGGUAUGUUCUUCCUAACUUCUGAUGUUUCCCUGUAGGUUCCCCAGUUAAAAUCCCACUACUUUUUGUUAAGUAAUAACGUGAGAUUUUCUUGUUCAGUCAGGUCAAGCCACGUGAAAUAUUUUUAUCCCUGCACUUCUUUUCCUAACACAAACCCUGUUACAGGAGAAAAGGGUGAUUGCUGAAACAUAGCCUGCUGUAUGUAUUCCAGUUAUUAACCCAGAUUGGAAGCUAGCAUACUUGUACUAAAAGGGUAAUGUCACCUUUAAUUUCUGGGUUACAUAAACUUUAAAGAUAUGUUCGUUACACAAUUGAAGCCAUUUUACCACAUACAGAAUUUUUGUACUGUGGAUAAAAUCUGAAAUUCACGUAGGUUAUUUAUACCUAUGUGGAUUUCAUUUUCAUUCCAAAACAAUUUCUCUAGCUUAAUUUUUCUUGCUGUCAGUAUACUCUGCUUUUAUAAGGUUUUUUACUUGUGUGUCAUUUUAGUGUUUGCAGUAAUAACUUUUUAAAAUAAAAUUUGGACCCUUAGUUUAAUAAUGGAUUGUUCUCAUCCUAAUAUUUUUCUUGCAUAUGCAUUUGGUUUUAUCGUAUGUUUUUAGCUAUAGAAAAAGGCAAGAAUUGACUACUUGAAUUAGAAAAAAACAUGGAAAAUUUCUCUUUGCUUUUUAAGCCUUUUCUGUUGUCUGUAUGAAAAUAAGGAACUCCCUGGCACUAUCACAAAUGGAGAUGAAGUACAAUUUUUUCCUUGAUUUCAGGAAAAUGUGUUUUUUGGUGAUGGUGGGUUUUGUUUGUUCUGUUUUUGUUUCUCCCCUCACCCUCUUAUUCAUUACAAAAGUCAGUUUCCCCAAAGGUUGAACAUGCAGCCUCUGUAUUUACAAGAGUGCAAGGUAUGGCUUAUUGCUUCUGUAGUGCUGAAAUAUUUGGUUUUUAUGUGUAAAAUAUCCUUGAGCUGUUCAGUUUUAUCUGUUUUGUUAGUAAUUUUGGGAGUUUUCUUUUUUUGUGUGGAUUUGUUUUGUUGGUACUUUUUUUCCUUUUAAUCAUUAAGAGAUCUUGCCAAAUGGAUGUUGUAGUCAGUGAAUAAUCCAUGUAUGAUAUGUAAAUCUCUUUAAAAAUUAUUCCCAUGUUCAGUAGUGUUUUAUGGUGAUGUCCAGGAAGAGAGUUGGAGUCCAGUUCUGGUUUUAUGCUGUUUUGAGAUUAUUAGAAAAGGAGAUGCCAUAUACUAGGUCUUUGUUGCAAGUUUCCUCAAGUGACUUUGCACCUUCUGCUAGGUACAAAAAUCUACACCAAUGUAGUUUUAAUAGUUUUUCUUUUUAACAAUUCAUUGCUGUAGCAGCUGUAGUGGAUUGUUUUACCACUUAGUAUCAAAAGAAGUAUACAAUUUUUUGGAGACAUGUAGAGCUCAGCCUAUUUUUGAAGGGGGAAGUAUUCACUUGUUUUAGGUUCUCAUGUUUCUAAGUCUGUACCACUAAACACAUCUGUCCAGUUCUUUAAUUUUUACAUUUUAGAACUCAUCAAUAUAUAACAAAAAUCUUGGCUCAUCAAAGCCAUAAUUCAUUUCCAUGGAAGAAUUUCUGCAUAGUAAAUAUUUUUUAAUGAAGUUUUGUCUGUGAAGAUACCAAAAAAAGAUUGUGUCCUGGUAGAGCCUUACUACUUGCGUCAGGAAACACACAUUUGACCCAGGAUCCUGGAGAUUUAGUCUCAUGCCCUUAUUUUUGGAAUCUGCACUUUGUUUACCAAAUGUCACUUGCCUGGUUUUAAUAAUGCUUCAGAGAUUCAAGAAGUAAGUUUUACAGUGAGUACUAACUUAAAAGAAGAGUGCUUAGAGGGAAGUCUCUUGAACUUAUUGCUUGCAAGUGUACAAAUACUGUGCUGUCACAUGUCAUCAGAUAGUGGCUCUAUUCCAGACAUCACAAAAUGUAGUUUAUUUUCCUCUUAAUUGGUGCAGAUGUUAGAUUGUUGAUAAUGAGUUGAUCCCAUGGCCUUUACUUCAGAGAUCACUCACUUUCUUUUUACUUGCAUGUUAACUUGAUUGUUUGUAAGGAUAUUCAGUAUCAGGCACUUAACUAUCCCUGCAGUGUUCCCCUGUGGGGUGUGUAACAUCAGUCUGGAGGUGCUGUUUGUUAGGAUUGUAUCUUCACGUCUUAACAAAGCUUUGUUUUGAUUUGAGAGACAGAGAAGAAACCAAGUAGCACUGAAUAUUGGUUUUCCUCUAGUAACUGGCAGUCACAGUUGAAAUACUGAGGCCUUUUCAUUUAUAUUGUAGCUCAUCUUUCUUAAGAAUGCUUGCUAAGAGUGAUGGUAUGACAUCAGACAGCAGUGACUGAACCAGGAGUUGAAUUUCUCUGUAGUCACCCUUGAGAUGUAACUGACUUAGCUGUAGUUGAAUUAAAUAUGUGCUGAGGAAGAACUACAUUUCCUCAGUGUCUGCAGUUGUUCUAUUUUGAUGUUCUAGAAUUCAUGACUUGUUCCUUUACAGUGCACAGUUCUAUUCUGCUAGUUCAGCUUUUCAGUAUGGGGACAUUGCCAUGCUCUUAAACAGAAGUAACGCAGAUCUUCAGAUGAGGAUUUUGGGGUUGGAGAAAGGGUCACGUUCUCUUUGGCCCUCUGCAGUUUCCCACUGAUAAUUUUGAGGCUCCACACUCAUGCUAGAAGGGAAUCUAUCUCCAUCUGCCCUGAGGGCCUGCAGUAAUUAAUAGCAAAUCACCUUUAUGCAUUGGCUGUCACAUUCCUGUAUUAGCAAACUUAAUUUUCUGGCUUCCACCCCUUAGAAUUUAGGAGAAUUGGUUGGUAUCUUCUGUUUUCUACUGAACUAGCUGUUACAGUAUUUCUAGCAGCUGCUGUCUGCUUAAUGUUACAUUUCCAUUGCAGAAGGUUAGUUCUAGUAUUUUUUUAUUUUUUUAACUCUGAAUAAAAGUUACUGAAGUUUUCUCUCAUGU